AUGUCUUCCAACAAUGACAAUAUCAUGGCUCGGUUCCUCUUCGCGAUCUUGCAGCAGAAGAACCUCAAAGAUAUUGACUGGAACGCUGUUGCCCACAACCCAAUCCUGGCCCAGGAGAUCACAAACGGCCACGCCGCCCGCAUGAGGUACUCUCGGUUCCGCAAUUCCCUGCUUAAUAUCGAGCCUCAACGACGAAAUCGAGCCGGAGUCAACAAGUCGAAGGCAACCAAAUCCAAGAAGGAGACCGAUACCAAGCCUAAGAAGGAAGAAGAACAGACAAUCAAGCCUGAUCCAAAUGCAUCCCCAGACGCUCAACACGAGGAAUUGAAGGCACCAUCGCCGAAGAUCAAGGACGAGGAUCUGGUCAAGAAGGAAUUCCAACAGACCCCAUCAGAGGCCUGCGUUGCUACUGCUGAGAUGCCAUCAAUCACCCUGCCCGACGGCCAAAUGCAAUUCCACAAUCGCCUCCUGACGCCUUGCAGCGACACCGAUCUCUUCGCAGUGUCACAUGCGUACGCCGCCAGCCCCGUGAGUGAGGUCCUCCACCAUGAGCCUGGUCACUAUGACUACGCUGGGACUGCUCCUCACUGCGGUCAUGAGCCGGCGUCCUGGCAGCCAAGCCCGUCCUACUCGCCCUUUGCGAUGCCGUCCUACGAAAUAGACAGCUACAGUGCUUCUGCUUCUGUAUUCUGUGAUCACCAGCACACUGCUCACCCAGAAGGUUUCGGCAUUGCUCCGAGUGCCAUGAUGGUAGCUGACCAGUCUCAUGCUCUUGUCAAGCAUGAAGAAUGGGACAGCCGUUUCCACUGA